UACUGGGGACCCAUUUCUCUUUGCUGCUAGAAUCCCAAGGAGACAGCAGCCACCCCGAGGGGCCGUGCUGGUAGCUCGUCACAGGACGCAUGAGGAGGAGCUGGGCUUGAACCCGGCCCGCCGCCUGUGGCACCCAGUAGGUCUCGGCGCGGAAGAUGGCCGGCGGCGUGGACGGCCCCAUCGGGAUCCCGUUCCCCGACCACAGCAGCGACAUCCUGAGCGGGCUGAACGAGCAGCGGACGCAGGGGCUGCUGUGCGACGUGGUGAUCUUGGUGGAGGGCCGCGAGUUCCCUACGCACCGCUCGGUGCUGGCCGCCUGCAGCCAGUACUUCAAGAAGCUGUUCACGUCGGGCGCCGUGGUGGACCAGCAGAACGUGUACGAGAUCGACUUUGUGAGCGCCGAGGCGCUGACCGCGCUCAUGGACUUCGCCUACACCGCCACACUCACGGUGAGCACGGCCAACGUGGGUGACAUCCUGAGCGCCGCCCGCCUGCUGGAGAUCCCGGCCGUGAGCCAUGUGUGCGCCGACCUCCUGGACCGGCAGAUCCUGGCGGCCGACGCGGGCGGCGACGCGGGCCAGCUGGACCUCGUGGACCAGGUGGACCAGCGCAACCUGCUGCGCGCCAAGGAGUACCUGGAGUUCUUCCAGAGCAACCCCAUGAACAGCCUGCCCCCCGCCGCCGCUGCGGCCGCCGCCGCCGCCAGCUUCCCGUGGUCCGCCUUCGGGGCGUCCGACGACGACCUCGAUGCCACCAAAGAGGCCGUGGCGGCCGCCGUGGCUGCCGUGGCCGCGGGUGAUUGCAACGGCUUGGACUUCUACGGGCCGGGCCCCCCUGCCGAGCGGCCCCCCGCGGGUGACGGAGACGAAGGUGACAGCAACCCCGGGCUGUGGCCAGAGCAGGACGAGGAUGCCCCGGCCACCGCCACGGCAGGCGGUCUCUUCCAGCCUCCGGUGGCCCCGCCGGCCACCACGCAAAACGGCCACUAUGGCCGCGCCGGCGAAGAGGAGGCGGCCUCGCUGUCCGAGGCGGCACCCGAGCCCGGGGACUCGCCGGGCUUCCUGUCGGGCCCGGCGGAGGGCGAGGACGGGGACGCCGGCGGCGAUGUGGACGGACUGGCGGCCAGCACGCUGCUGCAGCAGAUGAUGUCGUCGGUGAGCCGGGCGGGGGCGCUGGCGGGCGGGGACAGUGACGAGGAGUCGCGGACCGACGACAAGAGCGUCAUGGAUUACUACAUGAAGUACUUCAGCGGCGCCCACGAGGGCGACGUGUACCCGGCGUGGUCGCAGAAGGGAGAGAAGAAGAUCCGAGCCAAGGCCUUCCAGAAGUGCCCCAUCUGCGAGAAGGUCAUCCAGGGCGCCGGCAAGCUGCCGCGCCACAUCCGCACGCACACCGGCGAGAAGCCCUACGAGUGUAACAUCUGCAAGGUCCGCUUCACCAGGCAGGACAAGCUGAAGGUGCACAUGCGGAAGCACACCGGGGAGAAGCCCUACCUGUGCCAGCAGUGCGGGGCCGCCUUCGCGCACAACUACGACCUGAAGAACCACAUGCGCGUGCACACGGGGCUGCGGCCCUACCAGUGCGACAGCUGCUGCAAGACCUUCGUGCGCUCCGACCACCUGCACAGGCACCUCAAGAAGGACGGUUGCAACGGGGUCCCCUCCCGGCGAGGCCGCAAGCCCCGGGUGCGGGGCGGGGCCCCCGAGCCCACGCUGGGGAGCGCCGUGCCUCCCCCGGGCGCCCCCGGCUCCGCGCCCCCCGGCUCCCCCGACGUCACCGCCGCUGCUGCCACCGCCACCACCACCGCCACCGCCACCGCCCGGCGCAACGGCCAGGAGAAGCACUUUAAGGACCAAGAGGAGGACGAGGAGGCCACCAGCCCCGACGGCUCCUCGGGCCGGUUGAAUGUAGCGGGCACCACGGGUGGAGACGACAGCGGAGGUGGCCCCCCCGGAGCCACUGCCGACGGUAACUUCACAGCCGGACUCGCCUAGAAAAACCAAAAACAGAAACCCGAGACAGACAGACAGACAGAGCGAGAGAGCGAGCGAGAGAGAGAGCUAACCCCCCACCCCCAAAAACACAAAAAAAGAAAAUCUAUCUAUAUACAGAUAUCUAUAUCUAUAUAUAUAUAUAUGCAGAUAUAUAUAUAUGGGCGUCACGGUAGGUAGCUUCCUCCAUCCUCUCCCUCCUGGCGUUCUGCUCCCGCGGGGUCCCUCCCGCCCGGCCCCCGUGUGCCCCGCUCCCCGACCCCCCAUCCAGAUGUCACUGACUGGGCUUCGGGGCUCGGCGCGGGGGGCCGUGUGGGCACAAGGAUUCCGAGCCUCCCCGCACCCCCAAACCGGCGUGGGUUUGGGGGCGUCAUCCCAGGUCUGGGCUGGGGUGACAGUGGGAGGCGGGGUGGGGGGCCCGGAGCGUGAGUUCUCUUUCCCCUGCUGGUUUCUAUGAGUCUUCAGACAAGACCUUAAAAAUGAUUUCUGUCUGCUCUGAGCGGACGUUAAAGACGCCCCUGUCCCCGACCCCCACCCUUCUUCCUCAGGGCACUUAGCACGGGGUCUCCCCGCCGACCCCAGCGGCCUCCCGCCUCACCCCGCCUGUGGUCCGCCGCCUCUGCACCUCCUGGCCGCUGAGACAAAUCUAUUUAUUUCCAGGCCUGGAGAAAGGGACCGGGACGGGGGAGCGGGCCAGGGGCACCAGGGUGGCACCAGGGCCUGCCGCCACCUUCCUUCACGGCACUUACACCGGCGGGACCCCAGGGCACCCCUCAGGGCGCCCCCACCCGCCCUCCUGUCCGGGUCCCCACCCACCCAGGCCCCCCAAAACCCCUCUGUUUAGAAAGAAAGCUUCUGUCUUGCCCCUCCCCAGCCCCUCCCCGACUUUAUAAAGCACUUUUUAGAUUUUUUUUCUUUUCCUUCUUGAAAAAAUUUAUAUAUAGAUAUAUAUAGAUAUAUAUAUAAUAUGUCCUAGAGGGGCAGGCGACAGCGCGGGGUGACUCUGGCUAAGAUUGGAGGGGACCCAGGGUCUCAGGGAAGCGGGCACGGGAGAUUUGAGUAGCAGAGUCCAGAUGUCCAAUGUCACAAAAGCAAUAAAAAAAAAAAAAUCAAAGAUUUUACAAAAAGGCAAGGAAGAAAACAAAACAAAACAAAAAAUGACCGCAACCAACCACAUCAGAAGUCUUGGCACUUUGUAACAGAACGGGUACUUUAUCUUAAUUCUUAAUUUAAAACUAUGUUUACAAGUUGUAACCAACUUCUAUGAAAAGUUGAAAAGACAAAAAAAAGAGAGAGAGAGCGAGAGAGAGAGAGAGCAAAAGAGAAUUCCUAAACGUCAAUUUAUUUUUGUACAAAAUAAUAAUAAAAAAAACCCACCACAAAAUACAGAAUUCACGUCUGUUCCCCAAGGCCAAGGGGGGUGGACCGGAGGCCAUCAGAGGGACCAGAGGGGUUCUCAGGGUCCCCUCUGCCACAGGAGCCCGCGCCAAGGGCAGGACCUCGGGGGUCCCCCAGGUUGGUGCCAUGUCAGCCCCGCCCUCCGCUCCUGCCCCUCUUUUUGGUCUGUGCCCGCCCCACAGCCCCCCUCUCAUGGCACCUACUUCCUCUCCGCCCAGCUCAGGGAUGGGCCCGAGACGGGACUGGCCUCCCACCCAGCCGGACCAACCCACCGCCCGUGUCCCCACCGCCCCUGCCCUCCAGCAUGGCGGUCCUGCGUGGCCACGAGGGGCCGCCAUGUCGGAUGUGCUGUGUUCCCUCCAAGUCCUUCCCCAAGGGGCCGACAGGACAGGGGUCCCCUCCAGGGCCUUCCAGUUCCCUUCCACGCACCCCCCCUUUUUACUCAAAGGCACUGACUGUAACCCGGGGACUGGCACCUGUGUCCCCCCAACCCCUGGCCCCCAAAGGCCCGGCACACACCGGGCCACAGGCCACGGACACGGCCCAGGGUUGGGGUGACGACACUGCCGGCUGCCAGGGUGCCCUCCCCAGCCCCACUCCGCCCAGCGGAGCCCAGUGUGAGACCCCGCUUCCCGUCCAGGCCCAGCGGGCAUGGCAGGUGGCCCCGAGUGCCCCACUCCUCUCCCUCCCAGGACCUGUCUGUGACAAGCGUCUUCUGUCUUGCUCUUGUUUUUAAAGGGAAGCUUUUUACGAAGGCCAUUUUUGAUACUGCUUCUGCCGGAGAGUUUCUGUGCCCUCCCCUCCCGCCCUGCCAGCCCCGGCCCUGCCCCGAUGUCUCAGGAGUCCCUCCAGGCCCCGACGCGCCCUAGGGUCAGCAGGCGAGCUGUUCAGAAGUGACUGGAGGCUGAGCAGGGAACCCCAGAACCCCAGCUAGGGAGCUCGGCCUUGCCCCUCGGGAAGUCCGCCGAGGGCGAGUUCUGUGUCCCCACCACACACGCGCACCCCUUCUUUGCAAUAAAACCGACUCGCAAAUCCUAGGUGUCACCUUGGCCAGCGGCAGCCACCAGACCUGUGGGCCAGCCCUGGGGACACGGAAGGGCAGGGCCGUGGCCCGCCGGCAGACUGGGGACACCGACCUCCCGGCUGCACUAAGCCCCCCCAGCUCCGCACUAGCUUGCCCCCCGCCCGCGGCCACGCUGCCUUAACCGCGGUCUGCAUGGCCCAGAGCCGGCCCCCAGCCCCGCCCAGGCCCCGCCCCAACCGCAAUCACAUACUGUAUAUAGACGUGGAUCAAUUUUAGUUUUAUUCUUUAAAUUAAGGUCGUGAUAAAGUGUUGCCAAAGAUACCUGCUGAAGUUUUCGUGUUUCAGGAAAAGCUGUUUGAGGAGGGUUGGGCUGGCUUGUCUGGGAGGACGCUGCAGAAAGGGUUUUGGGGUUUUUUGUUUGGUUUGGUUGUUUGGGGUUUUUUUUUUUGUUUGUUUGUUUUGUGUUUUUUGUCUUUUUUUUUUUUUUUUUUUUAACUGCCUGGUACAAAAAAAAAAAAGAAAAAAGAAAAAGUGGAUUGUGAUUUCCAUCCUGAUGGUGGUGCUUGGAUGGCUUGGUGCGUGCGUGCGUGUGUGUGAGAGGCCGACAGGUCCAGGCUGGGGGCUCCAGGCGGGGGUCCCCGGGCUCAGGGGAGGAGAGUGGCUUGAGACCCCAGCCUGAAGUCCCUCAGCCUGUGGGGACCCCGACGGGGGGGGGGGGACGUCCUCCAGAUGCCGCUCUUUGCCUCCCCCACAUCCUGCCUUUUGAGAUUCAAGGGGGGAAAAAUAAAAAUAUUAAAAUUAAAAAAAAUUUUUUAAACCAUUGAAUGUACUGUGGCAGAAAAGGCCCAGCCUGGCACCAGUGCGGGUGUGCACCCUGCCAGGCCCCGGAGGACGAUACCAAAGUCUGCACUGUACCUGGCCGGCCUUUGCUUCCCUCCCAGGGGCUCCUCCAGGUGCCCCGUUCUUCCCGGAGGCAGGGGGUGGCCAGGGACACGGGCCUAGGGGCCGCGGCAGGCACAGUGGUCGUGUCACGGAGGGCUGAGCGAAGCAGGGGUCACCCUCCACCCCGAGGGUGGGCACGGUCCAGGCAGCCGGGAUUCCUGGGGGGACACAGAAAAGGCAAAACAAAACGAAAAAUUUAAAAAAAAAUAAAAAACUUUAAAAAAACAAAACAAAAAAAGCAAAAAAAUCCUAUUUUUUGAGAAAGAAAGAUAUUUAUAUUUGCAGUUUUAUUUUAAAAAGUUAUUUAAGCUCAGAAAGCGGCCUGCCCAGAGGUGGGGUGGGGGGCUGGCGCGGGACGGGUCACGGGCCUGGGGUUUCAGCCACCGGGGCCACAAUCUCAGAGUUCAGCGGCUUGCACUACACAGCUGUACAGCGGCCUGGGGGCCGGGCGGGCUGGGAACCGAGGCCCAGCGCCCCUGCGCUGCCGGCCGGCGAGGUGCCUUGGACUGUGGGGCCGGGCCUGGGAGGCGGUGCGCCCGGUACAGAGCACAGCACAGAGCAGACAUUCCAGAGACUGUAUCCGAGAGUCUUUAUAAUAAAAGUGUGGGAGAUUAAACAAAAUUCAAUUGAUAAAAAUGCACUUUUUGGGGGUGGGGGGAGACGCUUUAAAGUAAUAAACAAAAACAGACAAAAGAAAAACAAAAAUCAUUUUUCUUGUACAUAAAAGACAAAAAACAAAGACCACUAAACGCAGCCUGUUAAGACCGC